AUUUAAACUUUUCGUUGAAUGAUUAAAUAUUUUAUUGGACUAACAGUUUGAAAUAUGGAACUGUCAGCUUGUCGAAUUCUAAUGGAAUUAAUUUGAUUUCAUUGAUAUUAUAGCUAAGAAAUUGAUCAUUAAGUAUCGUGUUAAAUUACUAUAUAAUAAUACGUUACGAGUUGACGCCCUUUGAGUUUGUACCUGCCCUACUCGAGAGCCACGUGAUACGAAUUACUAUGAGACGGGGCAACAACAUAAGCGCGCGACUCUUUUGCCGCCAAUAAUCAGUCGGUUGGCACACCAGCGGCAUUGGCUGUCGUCAUUUCUGUCGCUUUUUCACGUACACGCGGUCGUGGUGCUCUGUGAAGCUAACUGUCACGGGGACUUUUGUUACUUUGUACAAAGUGUAAUCUAAUAAUAAUUUUCUUGAUUCGCGCGUCAAAAUGACGUAUUUGAGAUGUCAGACAUUAAGUGGUAGUUCUGUUAAUUACGUUGAAUUCCAUAAGAGAAUGAAGGUCGAGGGGCUAAAAAAAGAGCUUGCAAGUAGGCUCAAUGUCCCAUCAAAACGGCUGCUGCUUUUUUUCAAUGAUCGAUAUCUUGAUGCCGAUUACAAUCUUACCAGAUUCAAUAUCAGAGCCCUUGACACAAUCGAGGUGAUGAUAAUGCCCCCAGGACUAACAAUAAAUAGACUUAGAUUCGUAGGACCAGUUUCUGGAUACGAUGUUGGAAGGAAAUUUUCUCGACGCGAAUUAUUUGAAUAUGGACUUCAUAGAGAAAAGCAGUGUGGAAUAUAUGCAAACCCAGGAAAUCAAGCCUAUUCUAUUAUUUUGUCUCGUAAAUUCAAGGGUGAUCUUGACAGUGGAAAUGUAAUCGUAUACUGUGGCCAACGUGGAUCAGAUCCUAAUAAAAUUACUAUGACCAACAAGACCAGAGCAUUAGCACGAAACUGUAAUGUAGAACUUUGUGAGGAUGGAAGCCUUACUGUUGCUAAUGCAUGGAGACACGGCGGUCCCGUCAGAGUUUAUAAACAAAUACGUGAUCGUAUUUAUGAAUACGCUGGAGUUUACAAAGUCGUUGGAUAUUGGCUCACCACCGUAAAUGGACACAAUACGUGGAAAUUCAGAUUAAUAAAAGAUCCUGAUCAUGAACAUACAUCAUAUGAGCCUUAUAACUAAGAUAAAGGAGAAAUAUCAACGGGCAUCUCUGUCAGUGGGCGCUUUUUUAAAUAUUGAAAUCAGUUUAUUUUUUUACGUUUGUUAUUACUUUUUUAAACUAUAUUUAAAAAUUUUUUU